UGGAGCCAUACCGGCUUUCCCUUGACCGUGAUCCGAAGCUGGAACCCGCAUUUACAUCACCACAGACAUGUUGUGUGUGGCCGAAACAAAGUGAUCGAACGGAAUGGAAAAUGUUACCCGGCACACCGGCCAUUUGCCGGUUGGAGGAUGGUCGACAAUUCCUUUGGCGUAUAUACGGAAAGCUUGAUCGUAAUUCGAUUCACCGAGAGGCUUAUUUUGCGCAUGAAGCAGUUGAAUUAAUAGAAGAUGCGAAUGCUCGAAAACCCAUCUACUCCAAUCGACUGUUGGAGAUCUAUCAAAUCCAGGAGCCCAUAGCUGACUUCGAAAAGGUGACGCUCGAUGUUCGACUAGAUUGCCCCCGGUUACGCGUAGAACUGUUGCUGACGAAAGAUUGUCUCUGUGAAGUAUUGUGUUCCCUACUGAUGACAACAUUCUUCGCUCGAAAUACCCGACUCGAUUUUAGUUUUCUCCAGGACCGAAAUAUGGGAAUCAGUGCAGCGUUUGUAAAGGAAACUGAUGGUCCUUCCAACUUUGGUGCAAUGGGACCAGCAACACGGAUAGAAAUCGGACGAAUUGUAUACCAUCCUGAGAUCACUCAAUCGAUUAAGCUUAAACCGCUCGGUGGGAUCGAUUGCGCUCGAAAACAGUUGGAGGAUGGUGUUUCCGAACGUAUUUCCCUCCUUAUAAGUGGCCCCAGUGGAACUGGAAAGUAUAGCAUGGUGAAAUCUUUGGCAACGACACAAAAUUUACCCCUGUUUGAAAUACGAGGACUAAACUUCGUUCGCUCCCUUCCCGGCGAAACUGAAGCGGAACUGAGGAAAAUUUUCCUAAGAUUGGAGCUUUUCGAGGAACUAACAUGCGGAGAAACGCCGAUCAUAUUGCUGGUGAAAGAUAUCGACACUAUCUGCCCAAAGAUCGGUAACAAAAAAGGAGAAGACGUAGCGAAUGUGGCUCGCAUUGCAUCGCAGUUCGUUUCGCUAGUCGAUCAGUACCGCGCAUCGAUGGAGAAUUUGAUCAUAAUCUGUACGACAUCGAUGAUCGAAAACCUGGACAAUCGUUUACGAAGACCGGGUCGGCUGGGCAGAGAGAUAACGCUUGGAAUACCUUCGAAAAUGCAAAGAGAGGAGAUGUUACGAUGUUUUAAUUCGAGCAAAAAACUGUCGGAGGAGCAGCUAAGCGAGAUGGCUUUCCGAACGGCUGGUUAUGUCGGUGCGGAACUGGAGCUGCUCUACUGCAACGUGGCAAGGGAAAUACCCCGGAGUAACGCAUCUUUCGAGAAUGUUUUAGCGGAGGUUCAGAAAAAACAUCGUCCAAGUAGCCUUAGGAAUGCGACUGGUUUGAUCGGGCGUGACGUCACGCUAUCGCUCGAUUCCUUUGCCGGCAUGGAAAAGCUUAAAUCAUUGCUACGGUUGUGCAUAAUCGAACAGCUAAAGGACCCAACUCGAUUUUACCGCCUCGGUAUCAACCCCCUAAAGGGCAUCCUUCUGUACGGCCCGCCGGGUUGUGCUAAAACAACACUCACGAAAUGUCUCGCCUCUGAAUCCGGAAUGACGUUCCUAUCACUGUCCGCCGCGGAACUCUACUCGCCAUACGUGGGUGACGCGGAGAAACUUGUCACGCGCUUGUUCAACGAAGCUCGAGCGAAUGCACCGGCCAUCGUGUUCCUGGACGAAAUCGAUUCGCUGGUGGGCAACCGUGGCGCUGUUGGGCAGAAAGGUGCACCGGCGGCCGUUAACAUGGGCAUCCUGUCGACGUUGCUCAUGGAAAUGGACGGUAUUGGGCAGGCGGAACAAACGGCACGUGCGUUAAGUGGGGAUGCGAAGCGAGUGAUUGUGAUUGCGGCCACCAACCGGCCCGAUAUGGUCGACGAUGCUCUGCUGCGACCGGGAAGGUUGACGAAACUGAUCCACGUACCGGCACCGGAUGUAGAUGGGCGCGUUGCUAUACUUAAGAAACUGGGUGAAACCAUCCCAUUUGCGGACGAUGUGGAUGUAACUGUGAUUGCGAAGGAAACCGAACGUUAUUCCGGAGCGGAUCUGACUAACCUUUGCACUCAGGCCGCCCUAGUGGCAGCAACGGAGGACCUAGCGGCGAAAACGGUGACGAUGGCGCAUUUCAAAGAAGCAUUUAAAGAUGUCCGACCUUCACUGACAAAAGAGCAGAUCAAACUGUACCACAACUAUGAGGCGAACCGGGAAAGAUGACAGUGCCGGCGAUUCUGGAUUGGUUCCAAUAUUCUCAUCGAAUGUAAGUUCUUUUUAAUACUUUGUUGGUAUUAACAUGGUUUAUGAUUUUAAACCUUUGGCGAAAAGGUCUUUUGCCAAAUAUUUACUUUUAAUUAAUUUGUUUGAUAUUUGCAACGAUUUGAAAAAAGAAACAUUUAAAAAAGGAAAUAUUAUAAAAUACAGUCGCAAACUAGCUAGAAACGUUUUUUAUCAAAAUAAAACAUAUGUAUGCAGCUCAUAAAGCUGUAUAGAUGCAGAUAGAGAUAGACCUUACAAACAUAUAGGUCCGUUCAUACGUAAUGUUAUGUGCUGGCUCUGCUAGUGACUAAAACCUAGGAAGUUAGCGAUCAAAAAAGCCUCCUGGUAGUAAAAUAAAGUUAGUCAAUUUAAAGUUGUUCAGAUAACUGAUAAGUUAAAUAUACCAUACACAUUUUUUUCAAACCAUUAUAAAUCCAGCUGUUAUGGUUUCAGUGGAGUCUUAGCGAUUGAGAAAUAUUAGCACGCUAUUAAUUAUUUAAACAGCCCUUUAGUAAGGGUGAUAUGGUUUACUUUUCGAGCCUUAAGAGAGCAUUUGUAUCCAAAA